CAUUCGGAUUUUGGCAUUCGGGCGAGGUGGUUCGACGCGUUUUUGUAGUGACAGUGUAACUCCCACGUUUCUUUUUUGUCUUAAGUGUUAAAUUGCAAAAAAAAAUACAAUAAAGGGCUUUCUGUGUGGGAAGCAUUCUUUGUGCGCUUGCAUGCAAGCAAACUUAAUCUACUUUAAAUAAUAUAACUGUGCGUCGCGUUAAUAAAUAGCGUAAGGUAAUCUUUAGCAUGUGGGUGCAGCUUUGACAAAUUCAGGUGAGUUUUUGGCUUGAUCAUUUUAUAUAUAAUUUCAACAUAAAUCGUGUGCUUUCAUCCCUCUUUUUCACUUGGAAAAAGACCUUGUUUCAAUUGUGCCAAAAUUACAAAAGAAAAACCUGCCACUAGUGGCAGGUAAUAAAAAGCCAGCCAUAAUGGCGACGUCGACCACAUGGUCGUCAGAGGCUGAAGACUCUGAAAGUGGUGGUACAUCCAAGAAACCGAGAAUUUUAAAAAAUGAAAAAAUUGCAAGUUUUUAUGAGCUCGCCAGCGCGGGGUGCUCGUAAAAAUUAGCGGGAAUUUUGGCGCUAAAACGUCAGAAAAUCCCAGCAGUAAAAUGUCGGUAAAUUCCAGUAGCAAAAUGUCGGAAGAUUCCAGUAGCAUGGAAUGUGAGAAUAGGCAUGAAGGUGAAAAGGGCAUAGAGGUCCCGUUACAGGAGACUGAAAAAUGUGUAAAAGAGAAUAAUGAAAGUGUGAUUAGAACAGUACUGUACCCAGCAAAUUUCAAUGUACUAGUUGACUCCUCUGAAUGUCCCAACCUGAAAAAUGACAGGGUUACCACUGGCUUGACUCUUUUCAUCCAAAUUAAGGAUUUAAGGCACAUUGACAUUGACUACAUAUAUUCAUUAGGUAGGUCCCUUUACAAAAUUACGUUCAAAAAUCCCCGUCAUAUCAAAAGGGAAUUGUUACGCAAAUGCAGAGGCAAAUGUCUCAACUUUUAAAAAUUACUCAAAGAAUCUCCAUAGAGUUCAGUGACAACAAAACGUUCAAGGAAGUACAGAUUUUAAAAACCCAAUUUUAUCAGAUUAUGAACAAAAAAGAUGAGAGAGAAAUCCUUGACUAUAGCCACUCCAUAUUUGAACAUGAAAAUACCUUAAUACCCUUAAACUUCUUGAAUGUGAGUCAAAUAUUGGCGACCUUGAAAGCAAAAUCAAAGAUGAAAUAAGUAAUGACACAUAUGCUACUAGUAAAGAUAGGGUUCCUAAAGCGUGGUGGAAUGAAGAUUUAGCCAAAAUGUUCAGACUGUUAACUGCUGCCACCAAGAAAGCGAGAAAUUUUCCUAGUCUAAGCAACUUUGAACACCUUUUGACACUACAGAAGGAGUGGAAAAAGGCAAUCAAAAAGGCCAAAAAAGCCAAUUUCACCAGUAAGAUUGAGGAAAUAAAUGUAGAGAAGGGGAGGAAUGUAUGGCGUUUUGUUAAAGCCUUAAGAGGAGAUUUCAGUCAAAACAGCAACAAUCAGUGGAAUCAUGAGAAUGAUGCAGACUUUUUAAAUAUGCUUAAUAGCCAGGUCCCAGCACAAGAAACAAGGUUUGAGGUAAACAAAGAGGUAGUACCAGAUCCCAACUUAGCCUUUUCCUUUGAAGAGAUACAAACCUGCUUGAACAAAAAAAAAAGAAAAAUUCAGCUGCAGGGGUUGAUAAAAUAACUUACAAUAUGCUCAAAACCCUUCCGGAACAAACCCUGAAUUCCUUAAAAACUGCUUCAAAUGACCUAUUCCUAUCUAACCAACAUUGAUUUCAACAAUUUUAGACCUAUUGCUUUAAUCUCGGUUUUCCUCAAACUUAUUACCUCAUGCAUCAAAGAAAUAUUGGACUCCUUUGUAGAGGACAACAACAUCCUACCCAGCAACUCUUUUGCGUAAAGAAAAACAAAAUCGUCUGCUGUGUGUAAAUCACAUCUUAGACUACAUAAAUUUGCAAAAAGCCAACAAAAAACAAGUAAUCUUUUGUUCAACAGACAUCUCAAAUGCGUAUAACUGCGUGGAUAUUAAAAUUCUCAGGGACCUUCUAUCUAAUUUGAAUGUUGAAAUCCUUUACACUGAAUGGAUCACUAACUUUCUUGCUCACAGAGUCCUAAACAUUGGAAACAACACAAUUGAUAUUUAUAAUGGUUUACCACAAGGCAGCUGCUUGUCACCUCUUCUUUUCAACAUUUCACCUCUAAACUACAUGAUAGAAAUGACAGUAACAUGCAAAUAUUUCAAUUUGCUGAUGACUUCUUCCUUGUAGCAACAGGCUCUAACCUCUCAGAAGUCCAACUGAAUUUACAGCUUAAACUCAAUUCUUUUAUCAACAAAUGUAAGCAAUCAAAUCUCUCUUUUAAUCCUGUUAAAACCAAGCUGAUGCAUGUUAACAGAGGACCGAGCAAAACCAUUAAUAUCUCUAUUAAUGGAUCCAGACUUGACCAUGUUAACAGUCUGAAAAUACUUGGAAGAAUCAUCAACAGCUCUCUCUCUUUUACAAUUAAAAAUCACCACUCCAUGAUAGUUGAGUCAGCCACUAACAACAUCAAAUUGUUCAAAUAUCUGACCAACAUUAAAUCAGGUCUACACCCCCAAAAGGCUUUAAACACUUACAAGUCUCUUGUAAGGUCCAAAAUACAGUACUGCAGCACCACGGCAGCCAACUGUGCUAAAACAUCUGUCAAGAAAAUAUGCACCUUACAAAACAAAUUUUUGAGAAGAUGUCUUGGGUUAACUCCAUCGACUCCCAUUCCAGUUAUGUACGCUCUGGCCAAUGAACUCCCACCUAAAGAACGCGCUGUAUGGCUUACUGCUAAGGAAUUAAUCAAAAUCCUUGCCUUUAAAGAUCCCAUCUCAAAUUCUAUAAUCUCAAACCCGCACCUUAACUCCAGCUACUCUAAUGUAUACAGUAAAUUUUCCAACUUUCUAGAUCGUCUUGAUCCGGUUUGCCGUCACACUUCAGUCUCUAGUAUUCAAAUCCUUGAUAAAAAUAUACCACACAGAAAAACAUCCAUGUCUAGUGAAAGUCUCAAAACUCAUCAUUAUAGCAUUCUUGAAAACUUCAAAAGCAAUAACUUUUGCAUAAUGUACACUGAUGCGUUUAUAACCAAAGAAAACACCGGUUUUGGAAUACAUAACUACUCUAAGAACACUGAACACCUCUACCGCUUUGAUUUCAGGGCGUCAUCCACUUUUGGUGAACUCUAUGCUAUUGACGAGGCAAUUACUAUUGCCAUUAAUGACAAUCAAGAAAAAGUUGUUAUAUUUUACUGACAGCCUAACCUCCUGCCAAAUCCUUAAAGAUCCUAAUACAAAUAACAGCAUUGCACAUCAAAUCCAUAAGAAAAUUAGUGAGGCUGACCUAGCUGAAGUAGCUCUGGUUUGGACCCCAAGUCAUGUAGGUAUUUCAGGCAACGAAAGGGCUGAUGCUAUAGCCAAACGUGCAACCACUGAAGGCACGCUAAGGAUUGCUAGACUCACGAUAGAUGAAACCACCAAUCAAAUCAAGAAUGUUAUUUUUAAUGAAUGGUAUGACAAUUUCUUAGAAUACUCAAAUCUCAAACCCAAUCUAUAUGCAGCCACACACCCUUGAGGAGGAAAUUUGCUUGGUUCAAAGUUCGUUAUCGCCAACCGAUAUCAAAACUCUAAAUAGAAUACUGUCGGGUCACACAUAUGAUAAAGCAUACUUGGUCAAAAUAAAAGCCUCCAACUCACAUAGAUGCUACUGUGGUCAAUCUGAUAACUAUGUAUGUACAUCAGACCUUCCACUGCAAAAGACAUGCGAACAUUAGACAAGAAUUCGAUGUAUUUUCACUCUAUAACAAUUUUGAAGACGUUUUUAAAUGUAAUGAUCAAGCCAAAAUCUCUCAGCUCGUUAAAUUUAUACAGAAAGCUAAACUUACCUUUUAAUGUAUGAUCCGCUUAAGUCUAAUUAUAUCAUUUUGCUGCUAUAAACCCCCAAAUUUUUGUCUAUAAACAGCAUUCAUUUAUAUAACUAAUAUUCGUUCCACAAAGUCCUAGCCUACUAAAUCCGCCAUCGGUUAAUGUGAUUGCUAAAAUCACGCUCGCAUAUCUCCAACAAAUUAAAAACUACACACAAGAAAGAAAGCAAAGCAGAAACUCAAAUAGCAAAGCAGAAACUCAUGUACGUGGUUCUGGCCUCACCGGUAUUACCUGAGUGCAUCAGUGGAGCAACACCUAUACAUAACCCAUAGCAGCAAGAAUAUAACAUACUAAGACGUACAACCUGAUUUGUGGGGACUACUGAGUCCUCCUGUCAUCACUUCAAUGAGCGUGCGUGGGUCGUGCGCGUCCUCUUGUUGAACAUUUCUUGUGUGAAGUACAGUGCAGUAAAUCGUUUGCUAAUUGUUUUGGCUUCUGUGUGUGCGUGUAAUUUCUAGUUAAAUUAAAGCGUGUGUUGUCUUCGUAAUAACAAAUCUGGGAAAGCAUAAGGAUUAGCACUCUUCUUCUUCUUGUAUGUAUACCAUGCUUUUUCAAUGCUGGGCAUGUGUUCUUAGACAUUAAUAUCGUGCAACAGAAAGCAGAAAUUAAGGUUAGUUCAAAUUUAUAAGAAAUUGGCUGAAGCAAAGUAAGAAAAAAGAGAAGUAAUUAAAAAAAUCGCCAAUUAUGGAUGGCUCUGGAAAUAAUCGUUAUGAACUUUUGUUCAUGGACGAUGAUAUUAGUGAUCCAUUAGAUAAUAUUGCGAUCAAGUCUAAAAAACAGGUUAAAACUGCUGGUGGCAGUGGGGGUAGUGCACCCCUCGCAAAGUCAUCGAAUAAACAAAAUGUCGACAGUGUUCCAAGGACACAAUCGAGCAAGAAACCUAACCAAGCCGAGAAAGAGAAUAAGCCAUCAGCCCUGAACAAAAACGAGGUGAAUAAGAAAUCGACGGCGGGUACUGCUGCAGAUAGAACUAACAAGCAAGGAGGGCCAGUUGCCAAUGCAAAUCGGAAGCGCACUGGACCCGCUAGUGAUGGCGGUCAAGGUGGACAACAGCAACAGGGCACGAGAAACUUAAAUUUUAGACAGCAAAACGGCGAAACUCGCGAACAACGCAAUAAUCGACGCAAUGUCCGGGAAAAUGGAUUCACGGGUAAUUUUGGUAUGCAAAUUGAAGGUGGAUCAUCGCAGCAGCAACCACGCCAAUUUCGGGAACGAGAAAACCGUGGCCCACCACGUAACCGCAAUUUCGAAGGUGGUAACCGAGGCGGUAAGCGUGAAUUCGACCGACAAUCAGGCUCCGAUAAAACUGGUGUGAAAGCUAUUGACAAACGUGACGGUGCUGGAGCACAUAAUUGGGGAUCCGUAAAAGAAGCUAUCGACGAUGUUAAUAAGAGCGAUGUUGAAGCUGGCAAUGUCACUGAUAAGGCUGAAGAAUCCGGCAAUGAGCAGGCAGACCAGGCACCGGUCGAAGAAGAAACCAAAGAAUUGACGCUGGACGAAUGGAAGGCGCAAAAACAACAACGAGUAAAGCCAACUUUCAAUAUUCGCAAAGCUGGAGAAGGUGAAGACACAACUCAAUGGAAGAAAAUGGUAGUUCUAAACAACAAUAAGAAAAAGGACAAUGAAAGCGAAGAGGAACUUGAAUACGAUCCUGCCAUGUAUCCGCAGAGAGUUGGACGCCAACAACGUGUCCUCGACAUACAAUUUAAUUUCAAUGACGGGCGCCGUGGUCCUGGUUUUGGUGGACGUGGGCGUGGCCGCGGACCUCGUCCAGGAGCUGGCGUUCCCAACACCAACACCAACUUUAAUAAUGCUACUGAACGCCCAGUCGCUGGUGGACGUGGGGUUAUUACUGGCCGAGGCGGAAAACGCAAUUUUGGUUUCAGACAGCAAAAUAUUGCACCGAAAGUCAACGACGAACGUCAAUUCCCAACAUUGGCUUAAAAGUUCUGUACAUUUGACGCAGGCGCAUUAUCAAAAACAAAAAAAGAACUAUUUAAACGAAUGAAAAUAAACAAGCAAGUAAUAAAGGAAUCAAGAAUUACGAUUAGUUUGAAGCUUUCUCAAACUCAAAGACUAUAUAAAUAGUAAAAUAUAAAAAUACAAUUAAUGAAUUAUCACAAGCUAUUCUGUUUUCGUUACCAGUCUGUUGGAUUUAUACAUUGAAAUAUAAAUAUAUUAUCCUCUAACACUAAAUAACAGAUCAAAACGCCGCCCAAUAACAACAGCGUCAAAGCGUAUAAAUAAGGAACAUCAGAGGAAAUUGCUUUCAGAUGAAAGGGUUUAAACCAAUAACUUCAAGAGCCACACUAGCAUAGCCAAUGCAACAGCACUUGUGGUACAUAUUUAUAAAGUCUAGUACUCCCACUGCUAAAAUAAUGUGUAUAUUUUUGUUUUUCCUUAAAUUUAAAAUUUUGUUUAUUACAAAAUGAUACCGAAUGUGGGAGUCACUCACUUUCCAAUUAUUUCCAAAACUACUUCGAGUUUUGCAAAAUUAUAGCAGUUAAAAUUUAAAAAAUAAUAUGAAUAAACUAACAAUACACGAACUUCAUUAAGCAGUUCGUAUUGAACGAAAUUAGAAGCCAGCGAAAACUAUUUGAUGUCAUCACA